UCUCUCUCUGCCUCGCCGGCGAACGUUUCUUGCCACUUCGCCUUCUUCUUUUCUCCGGCCAUGGCGGUCACGAAGCUCAGGGCCGACGCGCCGCCGUUCCUCCUCUCCCGCUGCCACCAUCAGUUCCCUGCACCGCCUCCUCCUCAGUGCAUGGCGCCGAGCCAUUACCACCCUGCCGCCUGCCCGCCGCCUUUCCCCGUCGUCCACAACUACCCGUUCCAGCCACUCACCGUCCCCGCUCACCCACCCGUCUACGGCUUUCCUGUGCUACCGCAUGCCCCGGCGCCGGUGACUGUCCCUGGCAAGGCUGUACCACCGCCGCCGUCGUGGCGGAAAGCGCGAGUGGCCUUCCCUUUCAUCCGCACCCGCAAGGUUGUCCACUCGCUGCGUCCGAAGGUGCCGGCAGGGACGGGGGCUUUUCUUCGCAAGGCUGAAACCUCGCCACCGCCAGCGCCUUUGAGCUCCAAGGGUGUCCCAUCGCCGCCACCGCCGACAAAGCCGGCGCCUUUGAGACGCGAGGCGCUUCCGCACGGCUGCCCUCCUCACAAGCUCAUGAGGUUCCUGGGCGGCGGCGUGGAUGCGGAGAAGCGGCAGGCGAAGGAGGCGGCGCCCAUGGCCCCAGGAGCUGCCGAACCCGUGAAGGCCGGGCAAGAGCCAGCACCUGCACCUGCCACCGCGCCUCGCCGUCGCGCACGGAUGGCCACGCCCCGUUCGCUGCGCGCGAAGCAGCAGGCUUCAGAGCGGGGAAGGGGCAGGGUCGUCGGGCCCCGGCAGGCGAAGGCGCCGCUCGAGCGCGCCAGCAAGCGGUCGGCGAGGUCGCCGUCGCCGGUGUUCACGACGAGGCCGCCGUCGCCGAUCCCCGCACCGGAGUGGCGCAAGCGGCAGGUCACCACCGUCAUGAUCCGCAACAUCCCCAACAAGCUCAAGCCAGACGAGAUGAUUCAGCUGCUGGACGAGCACUGCGCCCGCUCCAACAGGAAGAAGAAGCCCGUGCCCGCCGCCUACGAUUUCCUCUACCUGCCCAUGGAUUUCAGCAAGUGCAGCAACAUGGGGUACGCGUUUGUGAACCUGACGACGCCGGAGGCGGCGCGCCGGCUGCACUACGCGCUCCACGGCGCCCGGUGGAAGGUGCACGGCACCAAGAAGAUCAUCGAGAUCUGCGCCGCGCGUAUCCAGGGCAAGGGCGCGCUGGUGACCCACUUCAGCGGCUCCACCUUCCCGUGCCACACCGAAGAGUACCUCCCCGCCGCCUUCUCGCCGCCGCGCGACGGCGCCGCCGGGCCAUGGUCGCCGCCGACGUACGUCGGCACCCGCGUCGACAUUCCGGCUCCAUUUCAGCCACUGCCCGUGGCGCCGGCGCCGGCGCCGGCGCCGCAGCAGCACCUGGUGUGGUUGCCCGUGACCGUGUGCGGCGCCGGCGUCGAGCUCGAGGCGCCCAGCAGCUAGACCGUGGAGUCAAACGAUGCAAGGUUUUGUUGCGUUGCUCGUUCGUGGUAGCUUGGCAGGGUUAAGUCCGGAGUCUGGCCAUGCCUUCCCUUUCUCAUUUGGUGCUACGGCAGUGGAGGGGGAAGGCUGCCGGACUUUGGACAUUAGCGUAGCUCCGUUCUACCCUUCGUAGUACUCUACUGCAUCCUCUACCUCUCUCUUAGUCUACUUCGGAAGUUGCAUCCUACUAGUAGAGUAGUAUCUCUGUAGUCUGUAGAUUAUCAGUCUCCUGUAACUGUCCAUGUAAUGUGCUGCUUUAGCUCGUGCCAUCUUUGUUGUGUACUGGCCAGCAGGCAAGGUGACGAUGCUCCCUGGAAGCAUCGUGUUUGUGGGGAUCGAUCGGAACCAGAAGCACUGCCAGUACCAGCAUAGCAUAUGCAUGCAGCUCCGUUGUACUAGUUCAAUCUGUGUCUCUCUGUC